GCUGGGCUCGAACCCGGGGCCGCGGCGGCUCCGCGGAGGUACCGGGAUAACGGGAUAACGGGGGAAAGGGCUGAAGAUGGGUCGCCGCUCCUCGGACACGGAGGAGGAGAGCAGGAGCAGGAGGAAGAAGAAGCACCGCAGACGUUCCUCCUCCAGCAGCUCCUCGGACAGCAGGACCUACAGCCGGAAGAAAUCGGGAAGGAAAUCCAGGUCCAGGUCGCGCUCCCGGGAUCUCCAGUCCUGGUCCCACUACGAGAAAAGGCGCAGGCACAGAUCCAGCAGCAGCUCUUCCUACGGCUCCAGGAGGAAGCGCAGCCGGAGCCGCUCCAGGGGCAGAGGCAAAUCCUACAGGUCCCAAAGAUCCAGGUCAAAAAGUAGAACCAGAAGGUCCAGGUCCCGAGGUCGGCAGCGAUCCUACAGCCGGAGCAGCGAGAGGUCCGGCCACAGGAGGACCCACAGCGGCUCCCGGGAGAGGGAGCGGCGCAAGGGCAGGGACAAGGACAAGGCCAAGGACAAGGGCAAAGGGAAGGACAAGGAGAUUUAUGGCACCAAGGCCGGGGACUCUGGAAACAUCAAAGCUGGAUUAGAACAUCUGACUCCUGCUGAACAGGCCAAGGCCAGGCUACAGCUGGUUCUGGAGGCAGCUGCUAAAGCAGACGAAGCCCUGAAGGCCAAGGAGAGAAGUGAAGAAGAAGCCAAGAGGAGAAAGGAAGAAGACCAGGCCACCCUCGUGGACCAAGUGAAGCGAGUGAAGGAAAUCGAAGCUAUCGAGAGCGACGCCUUCGUCCCCCAGACCUUCCGCUCGAGCAAAGAAGUCAAAAAGGUGACAGAACCUCCUGAGCUCCAACAUGAGCCUGUGACUGUCGGAGCGGGAGCCGCUGAGGCAGCAGCUCCUGAGAAGGAGCCUCCCCCUGCCAGCAUUCCCACUGCCAUCAAAUACCAGGAUGACAAUUCCUUGGCGCAUCCAAAUCUGUUCAUUGAGAAGGCAGAAGCUGAGGAGAAGUGGUUCCAGAGGCUGGUGGCCCUGCGGCAGGAACGGCUCAUGGGCAGCCCCGUGGCCUGAGCAGCUCCCGGGAACAUCCUGAGCCAGUUCUCCACCAAUGCCAAGAAAUCCCAGCAUUAAAUUGUUCUGUUCUCCUCUCCUGAGGGAUUGUCACCCUCAGGCUGAGCUGUGCAGGCAGUAAGUGUUUCACCUGAACAAACAGGGCUGUUCUGUCCGGGCUCUCUCCUGAAUUCCUCGAGGGUGUUGCUGUGGGUGGUGUGACAGCACAGCAGGGCCAUUCCCUGUUUUAUAUGGAAUUCCUCGAGGGUGCAAAACAACUGACAGCCCCAGGAGAUGGAAUUUUAUACCUCCCAGUCAAACAAUUCUAUCUAACCAGGGAGCAGUGGGGAGAUAAAUGGCAAGAUGGGCUCAGAUUUCCCGGGACAUCGGAGGCCGAGUGGAGCCAUCCCAAACCAAUCCAUCUCCUGCAGGUGGAGGAGGAUCCAGGCCAGGAUGGAGGAUCCAGGCAGGAGGAUCCAGGACAGGUGGGGGUCAUUGUUAUCCCUUCUUCCUUCCUCCUCUUGGCUCCUGGAUCAGGCUCCUGGCUGAGGGAAUCUUCUCCCUGGAUGUUCAUCCCCCUGCUCGUGGUUCCUCACUCUGGGUGGGAAGGAACAUCCCACAUUUCCUUGACCAUCUGCUGUAACUUUAAAUGGGAGAUGACACAAAUGUCAUAAUUUAGGUAGUGACCAGUUUCUAUCAGUCUCAAACACACCUGUUUCUGGUGUGUUCCAGGCCAAGAACUUUCCUUUGUCCAGGUGGGACUUUCAAAUAAUGAAAGAUCUGAAUUUAGCCUGAAUAAACUUCCAAAAAAUCUGCCCAUCAUCCAACUAAAAACAGGAGAUCAACCAAAUCAAAUAAAAAUGUGAAAGUAUUUCUACAAUCAAAGCUGUGAGAGAACUGUCCCAUCAGGAGGAGUAAACUGAGUGUCCCCCCCCAGUGAUGGACCUCAGCAUUCCCAUGGGAGUGAGGCUCUUUUUUGGGAUUAUUUUUCCUGAUUCUCAGCCCUGUGGUGAUGAAAAAUGGAGGAUGGUUCUGGAAAUGUACUUUGCUUGUCUUGGUUUUUGUUUUAGAUUCCUGAUGUAAAAGGAAAAAUGUGUUAAAUUUGCAUUCUAACACAGUUUUACUUUCUUUUUGAAGUGUUGGAUUUACUUUAUCCUGCAUUAAAAUGUUCCAAGACAUUUGCAGGAAAAUCUGGGAGGAAAAUUGUUCCCCUUGUUUCAUUUCAGCAUUUUCAAAUGGUAAAUAUUUGUCAUUGUUCUGUUUCCUAAUCACCUCUUAUGUCUCUUUCUUAGUAAAUAAAAACUGUUUGAUCUCCA